UCUUUUCUGACGUUGCUGUCAAACUAUCAAAACAGCACGUGUAAAAAUGCGUAUAGAAACUUGUUAUUUUUGCUCAUCCAGGAUAUAUCCUGGCCAUGGAAUUCAAUUUGUAAGAAAUGAUUGCAAGAUUUUCAGGUUUUGUCGCUCAAAAUGCCAUGCAGCAUUCAAAAAGAAGAAGAACCCGCGUAAAACUAAGUGGACCAAAGCGUACCGCAAGACAGCAGGUAAAGAAUUGGCGAUUGACCCUUCAUUUGAAUUCGAAAAGCGUCGCCACACACCGGUCAAAUAUAGCAGAGAGCUAUGGGAAAAAACGAUUGAAGCGAUGAAGAAAGUUGAAGAGAUUCGUCAGAAACGUUCAAACAACUAUAUCAUGCAGAGAUUACGGAAAGGACGCGAAGUCGAGUGGCAACGAGAUGUUAGAGAAGUACAAAGGGAUAUUUCUCUUAUAAGAUCACCAGCAGCUGGUCUCAAACAGCGACAAGCAGAAGAAGAAACGGCAAUGGACAUUGAACCUGAAACUCUGGAGGUUAUGGAUGCUAAGGGUCGCAGGACGGUAGUGGAGGCUCCAGUCAUGGUGCCUGCAAUGAGAGAAAUGAUUGAGGAUUGCGGGGAAGUAGACUUGUAAUGUAGCUACUGUAAAAAUGUAUAAGUUUCAAUAAAUAUGUUAAAAUCUUA